GCUCUUAACUGCUCAUAAAUUUCUCUGAGGGAAAAACUAAGGGACUUUUUUCACUAGGGAAAAUACAGGGAAUAUUUUUUUAGCUGGGGAUUAAUUUUUUUAUGUCCCUACUCCACCCUUUCCCGACAAAUUUUCAUGAAUUACGAUUAUCAUAUAUUUAUAUUUGUUUUUUAUAAAUGAAAAGGGUUCAGUUUGUCGUUGACAGAUGGAGCGUAGCGCUUACCUUUGUCAGAUUUCUACUUUUCUAUGAUUGUAUGGACUAGUGUGUAAACAUUUAGAUGUGAGACACUGUAUAUAAUGCUAUUAACAUUUUAUGAAGUCUGCAUGACUUCUAUCUGUGACAAAUUUCUAUUCAUAAAUACUUUAUAUAGGUGUUGGAGAAAAAUGACGGGAUUGAAGGUACAUUUGAACAGAAGUCUUGCUCAUUAUUUUGGAUCGAGACCAUUGCUGGACAUGAAUUAAAUUAUUACUAUAUACUGGCCGUUGGAUAUGGAGGAUUGCUUGUUACCAAAUCAAGAUUGCUCAUUAAACAAUGUUGCUGGAGAAUAUAGUUUAAUUGAUCCUGUUAUUAAGAUGCAUUCAUGCAGUAGGUUGAAAUUGAUUGGCAUAAAUCUUUUAGCAUUUGGUAUAGAAUUAUGUGCAAGUGCUGGUUUUACCUACAUCCCACCAAUAAUGCUCAAAAGUGGUUUUACAUACAAAACUGUUACUAUAGUUAUGGGUAUUGGACCAUUUAUUUCUUUGUUAUUAGUUCCUAUCAUUGGACGAUGGAGUGACAGAUGUCAGAGUCGGUUUGGUCGAAGACGUCCUUUUAUGCUUGCACUGGGCGUCCUUAUGAUAUUUUCAUUACUCAUUAUUCCUUUCAGUUCUGAAAUAUUUUCACAUUUUAAUGGUAUUAUAAGCCCUAACUUUGGUUUAGCUGCUGGUGUCAUUUUGUUAGAUUUUUCUAACCAAGCAAUUAUGAACCCUUGCAAAGCCCUCAUUCCUGACAUAUUUCAUUCAUUAGAAGAACAAAGUUCAGGCUUUACUUUCUAUUCCUGUAUGCUUUCCUUAGGGGGAAGUGUUGGAUAUUUUAUUACUUCUGUAAAUUGGGCCAAUACUGCUUUUGGUGCUUAUUUUGGAGGCCAAGAAAAGGCUGUAUUUACUCUUUUGGCUAUAUUGCUUAUAUUGUCAUUGUUUGUAAAUUUAACACUAGCAACAGAGAAACCUUUAAAGGAGACAAAACUUUUGCCUUUAAAUAAUGUAAAUUCUGAAAAAAAUUUCAAUGGCUUUAUACCUGUAGUAGAAAAUGGUCAUGUUUUAGAGUGUUUUGAUAAUAAGGAAAACGUUUUUGUACCUAAAACAUCAAAAAUCUUGAAUGGUUAUAAGUCUUAUAAUGGGGCAAAUAGUUUUAAACCAGAAAAUUUAAACUUUGUUCCUGUGAUUCUACCUAAAUCAUUUCGAAGUACCAAAUCAUGUGUUAAAAGAAUAUUUUAUAUAUUAUUACUUCCAGUUAGUGCCACAUUAAGCUGUAAUUUAAAAGAAUAUUUUACUUUGCCUCCAGUGUUGUUUCAAUUAUUUAUAGCAUGUCUUUUUGGCUGGAUGGGAAUUAUGUGCCAUGAUAUGUAUUAUUCAGAUUUUGUUGGACAGGUGAUUUACAGAGGAGAACCUCAUGCUGAAAGAGAAAGCACUGCAAUAAAUCGUUAUGAUGAGGGUGUCCGAAUGGGUUCUUGGGGCCUUCUGCUCCAUUGUAUUGCAGCUGCUGGUUAUGCUGCAUUUAUCCAGGAAAGACUGAUAAAUCAUUAUGGAAAGCAUAAAGUAUUUUUGUUUGGAAUGCUUUCAUUUUCAUUAAGCAUGUUGGGAACUGUGCUGACUAAUAAUCUUAUUCUUGUGAAUGUAUUUGCUGCUGCUUCAGGACUGGGUUUAGCUGCCAUCACUACUGUGCCAUAUUCUCUAGUGACUGAGUAUUACAGUAAAAAAGAGAUUUCUUAUUUUCAGUUUGAAAGUAGUUAUCGUGGUGUGGGAGAAAAUAUGGCAGUAUUGGAUUCGGCAUUUUACUUAUCACAAAUCAUACCAUCCCUGUUUUUGGGGCACAUUGUGGAGUAUACAAAAUCAUCAUCAUCUUAUAUGAUUGUUGCAGCAUUAUGUGGAACAUUUGCUAGCUAUUUUUCUUAUUUUGUUGUAUUCAAACCUCCCUCUGUAUCUUCAGGUCUUCUGGAUUGAAAGAAAAUUUUUAUUAUAUAAAAUUUUAAAAUAUAAUUGAGGAUUUGAUUUGAGAAUGUUAUAUUUUAUCUUAUACUGAAAUAGAGCGAGUAUAGGUUGUCAUGUUCAUAAAGUGUAUACUUUUAAUUUAAGGAAAAAUAUUGUACAUUCUCCUCUUGACAAGAAGGUUAUACUUAUGUAUUGCCUCUUUGCUCAAAUUGUGCCUUAUUUCGUAAUGUAUCUUUCUAUACACAUAUAUAUUUUAUCAAUAUAUAUUUAUAAUUGUCUAAGAUUUGCUGUACAAUGCUGUAUAUUUAUUUUAUGAAAAAUUUUAUGUUCCUGAAGUGCCCUUACAUAUGUACUCACAUUUUCUUAGUUAUGUUACCUAGAAACGUGAUUGUGAUUGAAUGAAUUGUAAAUUUGAUUGGCUAAAGUAUAAUCUUGUUAUUUGUUGCAUUUUUGUUUUAAGACUAAGGAAUUAAAACACUGAUGUGUUUGUUGUCUUGAGAUUAUUGUUUAACAUACAGUUUUAAUAUUUAUGUUUACUUUUUCAUGUAGUAUUUGUGCAACAAGUGAUGAGCUUAGUAUGCACUUAAAAAAAAAAAAACACUUUGUUAAAAGAAAAAUCUGAGCAGGGCAAUAUAAUCGUUUUUAAAAAUCGUGUUGUUUUUUGUAGAUUAUUUAACAGCAUUUUUAUCUGUAUCACGAUUGUGAAAAUUCAGUCUUUUGUAUAUAUUUAUAUGUAUGUAUAUUGCCAAAAAUUUAUAUCAGAAAAAGUGGAAUUGUAUGACUAAAUUGUAAGAUAGUCAUAGCAAUAAAUUACAAGUAUUAUUUUUUAUCAAAGUGUUGUUACAGUAAAUACUAUAUGGUAUAUGUUUUAUGUUGUUAAAAGUAUGCUCAUUGUUAUGUCAUUCUUUGCAUAAGGAAUACUAUUUGCUUUUCUUUUGCAUUAUAUGUUUUUAUUUAUUUUUCUAUGAUUCUCUUUAAUUAAAAUGUAUUAAAUUUUAAGACAUAAUAGAAUAAGUCCCAUUUAAACAUUUUGCAUGUAUUUGCAAAUCUAUUUAGUCUUGCUUCUUAUUAUAAAUUGGCAAAAGAUAUUUUUUCAAAGUAUGCAGUUCAAAUUUUUCAUUUUACACCAAUCUCCCAUUUUCAAUUGUUCAUUAUUUAUUUAUUUGCAUGUAAUCUUAAUCAUAUGACAUGAAUUGAAAAAAAUAAGUUUUAAUUUAAAACAAAAUAAUGGAGACAAAUUUAGAGAGAGGCUUAAAUUAAAAUGCUUUUUUAACAUCUUCAUCAGGAGACUGCUGGCUGUAUCUAAAUGAUAAUAAGGAAAGGAGUAGCUGUCUGUUGUUAACACAACUUACUAAUGCAAUGGCAUUUCUAAUCUUUUCAGAUUGCAGCAUCUGUAAGCAUGUAUCUCCAUUUAUUUGGACAUUAUAUAUAUUCAAUAUGUGUCACUGUAAUUUGUUAAUAUAAAAACAAAAUCUAAUAUAUCUAGAUGUAUAAAUAUAGAAAGAUAACGUGCAUUUUUUUAUCUAUAGCAGCGAUUCUCAACUGGUGGUAAGCAAGAGAAAACUAGGUGAUAUGCAAAGAAACAAAUUAUUUUUAACUCAUAAAUUCAAAAAUUAAAUACACCUACAUCCUGUGUAACUUUUUUCUGCAACACUCAUAAAUUUAUGCAAUCGUGAAUAGCCGCAGAACAAAGUCAAUAGCCACUCAUAGAUUUUUGGAAAACAAUCAGUUUCUAUUUUCGCAAAUAUUCUUUUAGCCACAGACAUAAUAGAAUUUGCCAUAUGGCUAUUGAGUAUUCUCAACCGCUUUUGCAGAAUUCUUCACACACGUUUUCUAACGAAAAGGAACCCGCUGUUUUCCUAUUGGCUGGCCUUUUUUAACUUUUAUUUUCAUUUUAGCGGAGUAAAAUAUUUGCCAGACUGUGCGAAAGAAAGAUUUUCCAGUCAAGGCUGCUUGCGAAAAAAGAGACGUUUGUGGAGGGU